CCCUUUUUAAACAGCCCUAAGAACGGAAAAAUUGGAUAUUGCCUGAUAUCCCUGAGUAAUUAAUUAUUUCAACCAAAAAGAUUUCAUCAUUCUCGCACAUGAUAUAGUUUGACCAGUCAAAGGUUAUUUAGUCGCCAAAAGAAAUUAAACGAUUAUUUUAUCGCCAAGUCGCAAAAUUCCUAAGAAAAAAUAUAUUAUUUUUCAACUGAUAAGCCUAUACACAUCACGUAAUUUAGCGCUAUAAAAGAGGCCCGAGCCGCCACAAAAAUCGUUCAGUCCUGUGACAAAUUCUGGUGCAAAGAAACGCUAAAGUUCCUCACAUCAUACAUACCUAGACAUGAAAACUUCUACUAACGUAAUGAACUUAUCUACGUCACUACAAAUUUUGUUUUUGCUGAUUCUGUUUGGUAGUUCAUCUGCAAAAUUACACGUGACACACCAAACUGAGGUCAAGCACGAACAUGAACAGUUCAGUGUCUGGUGUCGGGCCGAGCCAGGGACACAGUUGGUUUGGAAAGGUCCAAAAAAUCGCCCACUUGGCGAAAAAACUAUCCCGCAAGCUAGAACAACGGUACAUGGAGUACAAUUGAAAUUCGACGAUAUUAGAAAAGCCGAUGCUGGAAACUAUACUUGUAAAUCGCUCACGGAUAAUGUUAACUUUGAGCUAAUAGUACAAACUCUUGAUAUGAACAAUCUUACACCAAACACUGAAACUCCUCCAAGAUACGAACGACCCCGCUACAAUAAAAAAUCGUACAAAAAACAAUACACCACUGAUCCCACUGUCACUUAUAGUUAUACCACUCUAACUCCUAAUACCACAUCAGCUCCCAUAGAAUUUGUGGAUACUCCAAAGCACGUGACUAUCAAAGAAGGCGAAACUCAGUUUUUGAAAUGUGAAGCCAGGCAUGCAACAUCCACUGAAUGGUUGGUUAAUGGGGAACCGCCUCCGCAAGGUGAUAAAUUCAAAGAAGUAGCUGAUGGACUCUGGAUUUACAAUGUCAGUCCGGAAGAUGCCGAAAAUGAGUACGUAUGUAAAGCCAUCAAUUCGAACUCUGGGACUUUCUUAAAUAGAGACAUAAAGUUAACUGUCACACAUCCUCCGAGGGAUAAAUUUAACAUAUACGAGAAGCAAAAUAUCGCCUACGGUUAUCUGAACGGAAUUGUCAAGUUGACUUGCGAGGUCUAUGCGAACCCUGCACCAGCCUUUAAAUGGUAUAAAAAGACGGAUCGGUUCAAGAUAAUUGGAAAAGAAAUUCCCGGAAAUUCGACAAAUCCGGCAGUUUCUACUUUAAUGAUUGUCUUGAAGGAAAAAAAAGACUUCGGAGGGUAUAGAUGCGAAGUGAAAAAUUCGGAAGGACAACUAAAUAUUGAUUUCUUUGUUGAAAACGGUACUCAACCAGAACCACCAUCGUAUCUGGAACUAAAAGAUGCCAAUUCGACGGCUCUAUUUUUGACCAUCGAGGAACCAGCACCGGAUCCUGAAAAUCGAACUGCAAUGGCACCUACUGGAUUUGUGGUAGAGUACAGGACCUACGACGACCCUUAUUGGAGCGCUCAGCAGUUUCGUUUGGCUGAAGAUAAGACUUACAUCGUUACAAACCUCACUAAGAACACUACUUAUCAAAAACCUUGCUAUUUAGGAGCAUCGCUUAACAACUUGUCUUAUUUUUUUCUUUUAGUUUCAACACUUGCCGUUGUGUUAUUGUAAAAUAUAUAAAAUGAGCAAUAUGGAAGGGAUGAUUAAACCAGUCAAAGAGUGUCGGAUUCUCAAAAUAAAUUCAGCUUUAAUUUUCGCUUUGACAUUGCCCAUUGAAUAAUGAAUAGGUAGAUAGGUAUAUGGUAAUUUAAAUAUUCGAAAUCUGACAAACAUGAAUAAGGCAAUUGCUUAUUCAUAUAGGUAGUUGCCUUUUUUCUAAUCCUUAUCGAAGAAAUUUCAAUUGACCACACAAAUUAUUUCAAUGUAACCAUAACAUGCUGAUUGAUUUUCUUGUGGUGGUUAAUGGUUUGUUAACGUUAACAUGUCUUUUAAUUUAAGAAUUACCCAUUGUGAUAUUUUGGUUCAUCAAAUGUUUUAGCUUUGUUGUAAAUGUUUCUGAGAUUUAUAUAUAAUAUUGUUGUGCCAAUUUAAGAAUCAAUUAUAAAAAGCUUUUAAUGUAUAUAAUACGUGUACGGUUCUAGUUAUUAACUGAAAUAUGCGUUAAUGUAAAUAGACAAAUUUUCAAAUUCUA